AUGUUCAAAGUAUCAAUUGCUUUGGGCUUUAUGCUCAUAGCAGUAGUCAGCGGUGACUACCCAGUUUCUUGGUACAGAGAAUUUGAAGAGAUAACACCAGUUAGUGAAGAAACCGUAGCCAGAAGUAAUGAGACAGCUUAUAGACUUCCUCAAAAUGUAGUACCACUUGAGUAUGAUAUUUAUAUUGAUCUUUAUUUCGCUGAAAGAACGGACAGGCCAUUUAGUUACGAUGGAAAAACAUACAUUAUUAUUCAGGCACUCGAAGAAAAUGUAACACAAAUUGUACUCCACGCUAACGUAGAUUCUGUUAACGCUGUCAGCGUUUUAACGUCAGGUCUACCAGUGGCGCUGAAUGCUUUAGAACCAUUCACUAUUGAGCCUCAGUACCACUUCCUGAAGAUCAAUUUGCAGCAGACUUUAGCAGUACGUACCAACUACAGCCUCAUGAUAGACUAUUCAAGUACUAUGAAUGAAGGUCCGUUGAAGCGUGGUAUUUGGAGAGGGUGGUAUACAGACGACAACGGUAAUGAAAGUUUAAGCGACAACCGUGUUCGCGACAACUUUUAUGAAACACCUAUAAUGUCUUCAUAUCUUGUAACGUUCCUCGUCAGCGAGUCUUUUGUUGUAAUCGCUCAAGACACUUCAUUUGAACCUCCAAUCAGAAUUAUUGGUAGAUCUAACACCGUUGGGUUAGGAACACAAGCUUUGGAAUUAACUGUCGACACAGCUAAAUACCUUGAGGAAUACUUUGGAAUACCGUAUUCUGAACUACAUCCUUAUUUGAAUAAUGAUCACGUUUCCUCUCCUGAUUGGGCGUCUGCGGGCACGGAAAACUGGGGUAUGGUAAGUUAUAGGGAACUUUAUAUGAUCUUAGAUCCACUAGAGACUAUCAUGUCAAUCGAACAUUACGCAGCAACGUUGAUCACACACGAACUGGCGCAUAAAUGGUUUGGCAAUUUGAUCACUUGCUACUGGUGGAGUAACACUUGGAUCAAUGAGGGCUUCGCGAGUUAUUUCGGAUAUGCAGCCACACAUGAGAUAUUCCCUCGGUACGAACAUAAUGAUCAUUUCAACUCCCGUUACCUACAAACAUCGCUGUCCUUCGACUCUAGUGUCUCCUCUGUACCAAUGAACCACGACGUGAAUACACCAGCUCAGGUCACCGGACAUUUUGGUACAAUCAGCUAUUCGAAAGGGGCUUCUUUUAUACGGAUGAUAGUUGAUUUGAUUACUCCAGAAACAUUUAAAAAGGCUUGCCAGUACUUCCUACGUAACAACGCUUACAAAGCAACGGAUCAGUACGAUUUGUAUAACGCCUUAGUCCAAGCAACCGAAGAAGAUGGCACUUUGGAAGAAUAUGACAAUUUUGACUUCGCUGAGUACUACCGCGUAUGGGUUAACGAGCCAGGCUACCCGUUACUGACGGUGGAAAUCGAUCAUGCAACUGGUCAAAUAUCAGUUAGUCAAGAAAGAUUCUUCCUUAGCGCUUCUGCAACACCUACUGAGCAACUCUACCCGAUCCCUAUUACGUUCUCAACAAAAAGCGACCCCAAUUUCAAUAAUUUGAAGCCGUUUUACAUGAUGUCAUCAAAAGAAGCUACGUACACGAAAACAGCGACAGAGGAGUGGGUGAUUUUUAAUAAUUUACAACAUGGACAUUACAGAGUGACAUACGAUGAAAAGUCUUGGAACUUAAUUGAAGAUGCAUUGCUAAACGAGCCCGAAUCAAUACAUUAUUUAAAUAGAGCGCAGAUAGUUGACGAUGUUUUCGCCCUUAUGAGAUCGGAAAGAAUGACCUACGAUUUUGGUUUUAAAAUACUAAGAUUCCUCCGCAAUGAAGCAAAUUAUCAUGUUUGGAAUCCAGCUAUCAGUGGAUAUACUUGGCUUCGUAAUAGAUUGAGACACAUUCCCGAAAGCCAGGCUAUCUUUGACGCCUUCAUUUUAAGUUACAUGGAACACGUUAUCGAUACAUUGGGUUUCGAUGUGGACGAAAACGAGAGUCCCACCAUUAGUUUGACUCGGCAACAAAUUUUACAUUUCGCUUGUGCGCUUGGUCAUGAAAAAUGUGUUCAGGAAUCCCGUGAGAGAUUUGUUGCACUCAGAAAUAACAACAGUUGGGUAGAUCCGAAGAUACGUCGCAAUGUGUACGUGACUGGCAUCAGAGAAGGCGAUCAAGUUGAUUUCGAGUUUCUACAAAACCGUAUGUUAAAUUCUAACUUUGCGAACGACCAGCUGGAAAUGUUGCGGGCACUGGGUGCUGCAAAAGACCCUGAACUUCUCACGCAAUAUUUACAACUCACAUUGACGAAAGCUGUUAGACCGCAUGAUAAAGUUAAUUCAUUCAACUUCGCUCUGUUGGGUAACCAGGAAAACGCAUACACUGUUCUUCAGUUUGUAAAAAACAAUAUCAACGAGAUGAGAGUGGCCUACGUAGAAGAUUCCCCUCCUAAUCCAGUUCACUCAUGCUUAUCCAACCUCGCAGCAUAUCUUGAUGAACCAGGAUUGGUAGAGUAUGAAGACUGGCUGCAAAGUACUCAAAACGACUCCCUACAGUUCAGCACAGCUAUUUCAGCAAUAACCUCCGCACGUAACAAUAUGGCCUGGGGCACGGCAAAUGCUGAAACCAUAUUAGCAGCAGCCAGGGAUGGUGCUGUUCACAAGAACGGAAAUAUGUUUUUAUUGUUAAGGCUGGCAAUAUUGCCACUUUUGAUGGCUUUUGUCAAAGCUAAUUUUCCUUUGGAUUUCCAAGAGACAUUUUUACAAAUUGAAAGAGAAGAUUCUAAUACAGUUUACCGCUUACCCGAAGAUCUGGAUCCCAUUCAUUAUAAUAUAGAAGUGACGCCGUAUUUCGAAGCAACUGAAAAUAAAGACGCUUUCACUUUUGACGGUGAAGUUACAAUUUAUGUCAGGGCCACAAGAGACGGCAUCAGCUCCUUAAUAGUUCAAGAAAAUGUUCGGGAAAUAAUAUCGGUCACUCUUACCGAUGAAGCGGGAAUACCUAUUGCCGUUAAUGCAUCAAAUCCUUUUGAACGCCUUCGUCAAUAUCACUUCUUGAAAAUCAAUUUACAAGAUGGUGUCACAUUAGAGAACGGUCGUGUUUAUAGACUGAAUAUAGUUUACUUAGGAAACAUUAACGAAACGCCCUUGUCUAGAGGAGUCUUUAGGGGAAGUUACACAGGGAACGAUGGAAGACUUCACUGGUAUGCAGCAACACACUUACAGCCAACUAACUCUAGACAAGCUUUUCCCAGUUUCGAUGAGCCUGGCUUUAAGUCAACUUUUAAUAUUACCAUCAAUCGUCCCGCUCAUUUCACAACUACUUUCUCCAACAUGAGGAUUGCUGAAACCAUACCCAUGGGUGACCGAGUAAAGGAAAUAUUCCACACAACACCACGAAUGUCGGCUUAUCUUGUGACGUUCCAUAUUAGUGAAGAAUUUACAGUUAUAGCGGACAACAAUGAUACUGCAAGAUCUUAUCGUAUACUUGCACGCCCAAAUGCUCAGGGACAAGGAGCAUACGCCUUGGAAGUUGGACCACCGCUAACCAGUUGGCUCUCGGAAUAUUUAGGGAUUGAUUAUUAUACGAUGGGAGAAGAUAUGAAAAACGAUCAAAUUGCUACUCCUGAUUGGGCUUCUGGUGCUACGGAAAACUGGGGCCUAGUUUCUUACAGAGAGCUUCGAUUACUUUACGAAGAAGGUGAAACUAAUGUCCUGGACAAAAAAAGUAUAGCAACUAUCACAGCUCAUGAAUUGGCUCAUAAAUGGUUUGGCAACCUCGUGACUUGCAGAUGGUGGGAUAAUGUUUGGAUUAACGAAGGUUUCGCUAGCUAUUUUGAAUAUUUUGCUAUGGAUGGGGUAGACCCUUCAAUGGAAUUAGAAGAUCAAUUCAACGUAUUUUACCUACAAAACGCUCUAUCAGCCGACGCUUUAGCAUCAACGAGGGCCCUACAGCAUACUGUUAAUACUCCGACCGAAGUAACAGGACACUUCUCUGGUAUAAGUUAUACUAAAGGCGCAUCUCUAUUACUAAUGCUGAAACAUUUUGUUACGGAAAAUACCUUCAAGAAAGCUUUAAACUACUUUUUAGUUGACAGGUCAUAUGAGCACGCUUUUCCUUCGGACCUCUACAAUAGUUUCGCCACAGCUGUAGCCGAAGACUCCGUCUUAGAUAGCGAUGUCAAUAUAACAGAAUUUAUGCGUUAUUGGGUUGAAGAACGUGGAUACCCAGUCUUGAACGUUGAUGUUAAUAUGAAUACUGGAUUACUUACCCUAACUCAGGAGCGUUUCUUCAUCAGUGCCACCGCAGAACCAACUGAUCAGUUUUGGCCACUUCCACUGACGUUCACAAGUGGCAACAAUCCUGACUGGAACAACCUUCGACCAUCUCACCUAAUGAAUAAUAAGACAUAUCAAAUACAAAAAGAGGCCGGCCAUGAAUGGGUUAUUUUCAAUGUGCAGCAGAAAGGUAUUUAUAGAGUCAAUUACGACACCCACAAUUGGGAAAUGCUGGCCAGUGCUCUAAAAGAAAAUCGGGAGAGCAUACAUUACUUGAAUAGAGCUCAGAUUGUUGAUGAUAUUUUUGCUUUGAUGAGGUCAGAAAGGAUGACGUACGAGCUUGGUUUCCACGUUUUAGAAUUCUUAAAAUCUGAAACGAACUUCUUUGUUUGGUAUCCAGCAAUUAGUGGAUUUACGUGGCUAAGGAAUCGGUUUUUGCACUUGCCCGAUACAUUGGCAGAAUUUGAUGCAAUCCUUUUAGAAUAUUUAGAAGUGGUAAUCAAUGAUCUUGGAUAUGACGUCAGUGAAAAUGAAUCCUUAACAACUACUUUAAACAGAUUGUUCGUAAUGGCAUUUGCUUGCAACAUCGGCCACGAAGGUUGCGUGAAUGAUGCGAUAGAGAAAUACAAUGCUUUGACAAAUAACGGAGUAAGCGUCAACCCUAAUCUGAGGAGACACGUAUUCUGCGAAGGUGUUCGUGAUGGUGACUAUGCAGCAUGGCUUUUCUUGUACCAGCGAAGAAUUAACUCUAAUAAUCAAGCUGAUCAAGUCGCCAUGCUUAGAGCUUUGGGAUGCACGAAGAACGAACAAGCUAUACAAGAGUUUCUAGAAAUGGUUUUGAGUGACGAUGUCAAAGCUCAGGAUAGAGUAAACGCUCUGACCUUCCUUUAUGCUGGCGAUCGGAACAAUGCUAAGGUAGCACUGCAAUUUAUGAAAGAAAAGAUCGACGAUAUUAGAGAAGCAGUCGUUUUACCGGCUUGGUUCCAAAGCGUCCUUAGUAACUUGGCCAGUUACUUAGACGAGGAGGGUCUUCAAGAUAUGGAAGCUUGGCUUCUCGCGAACCAGUCGAACAUUCCAGAAUUCCAGACUGGAUUAAACGCAAUCGCCUCUGUCCGAACUAAUAUGCAGUGGGGCACGGAUAGAGCAGAUAUGAUUCUAAAAGCGGCAAGAGGUUCAGCCGUUACAGUAUUACCUACCGUUAUGCUGUUGUUGACGACAUCUAUUUUUACACAACAUAUUGUCGAAGCAAACACGUCAGCAAUGCUUCGACACUUCAUAAAAUUGUUCGCCGUGUGUUUAAUAUUCAGAAAUGUUAGCUGCGAUACAAAUUACAGGCUCAAUACGACAAUUGUACCGUCAAAGUAUUCUAUAUUAAUUACACCCUAUUUUGAUACUGGAGAUGAUAAGGCAUUUACUUUCGACGGUGAAGUGAAUAUACAAUUUACUACUACAUCUAAUAUUAAUAUAAUUAAGAUACAUUCGCAAAAUUUGACAUUCUCCGCUUCAAAUAUAACUUUAACUAGUGGUUCAGAGACAGUCGCUUUGAAUCCAGAAAACGCGCUCCAGUUUGAUGAAAAAUAUACAUUUGCCAUAAUAAGCUUACAAAAUGAACUUCAGAUUGAAAAAGAAUAUAAUUUAAAUAUAGUAUAUAAAGGUAUAAUAAGAAAAGACUUGACUGGAUUCUAUAGAAAUUACUAUUUUGAAAAGGGGGUAAAAAAAUGGUUGGGCGCAACUCAGAUGGAACCUACGCAUGCGAGGAAAGUGUUUCCAUGUUUUGAUGAACCCGCGUUGAAAGCAACUUUCACAUUGACUAUUGAUAGACCAGCGGACUACCAGCCUUCUCUGACGAACACUAAAUUGAACCAGACAAUUACACUAUCAAAUGGAUACAUUCGGGAAGUAUUUUCGCCUACACCAAGGAUGUCGACAUAUCUUGUGGCAUUCCUCGUUUCUGAGUUUGAAGCUGCAGCAAAUAUCACAACAGAUGGAAACGAGUUUGGCGUCUACACCAGACCUGAAGCAAAGAAUCAGAGCGCAUACGCAUUUGAUUUUGGACAAAGAGUUGUCAACGCUUUAGGGGACUAUUUCGGAAUAAACUAUUACUCAACAAAUAGCAAUUUAAGGCUGGAUCAUAUUGCGUUGCCGGAUUUUAAUGCAGGCGCUAUGGAGAAUUGGGGUUUAAUUAAAUACAGAGAAGCACUGUUGUUGUAUGUGCCUGAAGAUUCUACUCCAUACUACAAGUACAGAGUAGCGCAAAUAGUGGCUCACGAAACAACACACAUGUGGUUCGGAAACCUUGUGACAUGCCAUUGGUGGAGCAACACAUGGUUGAAUGAAGGGUUUGCCAACUACUUCCAAGAUUAUAUUACUGCUAUGAUUGAAUCGGAAUUAGGAUCAGCUGAUUUACUUGUGACAGAUUCAGUUUACGCCGCCUAUAAUGCUGACGACACACCAGACUCAGCAGCUAUUACCAAUAUUAAUGUUAACUCCCCGGCUGAAAUCAGUGGACAUUUUGGAACGAUAACGUAUCAGAAGGCUGGUUCGGUUAUAAGAAUGAUGCAUCACUUACUGGGGGACAAUGCUUUCAAAUAUGGUUUAAAUGCUUACCUCAAAGCCAAUGAAUUCGACGUAGGUUAUCCUGAUAAACUGUAUACAAGCUUUCAAGAUGGAGCUGCUAGGUUUAAUGCAUUAGCCACUUAUCCGGAAACUGACAUUACUAGUGUGAUGAGCUCGUGGAUUUCUCAAGCGGGUCAUCCGAUAUUGCACGUAGAUGUUGACUAUGAAGGAAACGCCAUUACUCUUACCCAAAAAAGAUUCUAUAUUAACUCUACGAAUGAAUCCGGAGAAUUGUAUAAAAUUCCCAUAACCAUGACGACAGGGCUAACACCGAACUUCAAUAUUACUAAACCUUCGUUUAUCAUGCAUAAUAGAACAGAAAAAAUUGACAUGCAACUAAAGAGUCCUGAAAGACAUUGGGUAAUUUUUAAUAUACAGGAGACAGGGUUAUACAGGGUGAACUACGACGUAGAUACCUGGCGACUUAUAGCUGCUGCCCUCAAAGGUAGUGACUGCGAGAAGAUUCAUCAUUUAAAUAGAGCUAAAAUUGUAAAUGAUUUGUUCGCCUUUUUAUACGCCGAUGAAGUAAAAUUUGAACUUCUGUUCGAAGUGUUAGAAUUUCUAGAAGAUGAAACUCACUACUCUGUCUGGAAUGCUGCAAUUCGUGGUCUCGAUAAAUUGAGAACGUCUUAUUUAGGAUCAGAAGCUUUGGAGCUUAUCGAGGACUAUGGGCUAAAAUUAAUCGAUUAUAUAAUAAAUAAGCUCGGGUAUGAAGUAAGGGCAUCGGAUGAUUUUGUGACGCUCAGAAAUCGGAUGCAAGUAAUGGAAUUCGCCUGUAAAUUAAAUCAUCAAGGAUGUAUAGACUUCACGGUUGCACUUUUUAGAAGAUUCAAAGAAAAUGGAACGGAGGUUUCACCGAGUCUCAGGCCUACAGUUUACUGUAAUGGUCUACGCUAUGGAAACGGCGACGACUACGAAUUUCUCUGGAGCCGCAUGUCCACAACAAACGUUGCUAACGAGGCCCGAAUUAUCGGAGAUGCUUUAGGUUGCUCGAGUGACAAAGACAAAUUGAAAAGGUAUCUAGUGUCAAUGUUAGUUGAAGACAGUCCAAUAAGAACACAGGACUUAACCGUACCUUUGACAAGUGUCUUGUAUAAUCACAGUAACGUCGACAUUGUUCUCGAAGGCUUGCAACAAAACUUCACUCUUUGGAAUGAAAUAUAUUCAUCCAUGGAUACCGUAUUGCCCACUGUUGCAAUGGCUUUACAUACUGAAGAGGAAUUCAGCAAUUUUGAAAACUGGCUAGCUUCAUGCUUGCAAUGUACUGAACAAUCAUUGAUCUCCGCUAGAAGCGCUUUAGUGAAGGCGCGAGCAUCUGCUGCCUGGGCUGAAGACCAUAAGGCCGAUAUAAUGAAAAGCCUUAAAAACUUCGGAACGACCGUCUCUGUAUCAUUUGCUAUGAUUUUCACAAGUAUUAUGUUUACUCUCCUUAAUAUAUAA